GAGAGAGAAUGAGUCAGAGAAAGUAGAGAGAGAGAGAGAGAGAGAGCGUCUGAGUGAGUAAUGUAGUGUUGCUGCCUCUCUGGACAUGGACACACCAGAGAGGAACCAGAUCAACCCUCCCGUCUCUCAAUUCGAGGAUUCACCUGUGUUCAACUAUAUCAAUAAUUUAUCUCCUAUAAAGCCCGUUAAGUCUGUUCACAUUACUCAGACUUUCAAUUCACUUAGCUAUUCAUCCCCACCAUCUGUUUUCACAUCACCCCAUGUUAGCUGUCUCAAGGAAUCUAGAUUCCAACGGAGACAUAACCCAUUGGGUACAUCAAAGCCUAAGGUUUCAUCUGAAGAUGUAAAUAAAGUUUACUCGAGUGAUCAGGCUCUUGCAGAUUCUACUCAUGCACAUCAUUACUCAAGUGAAUUACAGGAAAAUACUGAUCAAGGGAUUUCCGUUGGAGAUACUUCCAUUGAGCUAUCUAGUGAACACACAAAAUUCUCAGUUGAGCUACCCCAAGCCUUAAAAUAUAAUUGUGGUAACCCUGGCUAUGAUCCUCCACUUUGUGCUGAUGAGGUUAACUCUCUUUUGGAAUUGCCUGCUGAGGCAGCAUCAGAUGUUGCCCAUGUUCAGGAAGGCUGUAAAACAGAUUCAGUUGAGGAUGGGGUACAUGUUCGGGGAAUAUGUCAGGCUGAGCCAAAGAGUGAAGGCCCUGACUGUGAUUGGGAUAGUUUAAUUCCCGAUGCCACUGAUCUUUUAAUUUUUAAUUCCCCAAAUGAAGCAGAAGCUUUGAAGGGCCUACUGCAGAAACCGCGCAGCGAUUUUAUGUUUCUGCUACCACAAUCCACCAUCAAUAAUGGUCAGAAAAUGCAAGUUGUUGAUGCAGUUGCUUCUGGUUCUGAACAUGAAAUUGAAGAUCAUUGUUCUGAGCAAAUAGCAGCCACAGAUGCAGACCAUACACAGGAAAAUCUUGCCAAUAUUGCUCUGAUGACGAGCAAUCCUAAUGAGAAAACAGAUGAUGAGCUUGUUUCUGUCAUGCGUGGUGGUGGUGGUGGUGGUGGUACACUGAGACGCUGUUUAGACUUUGAGAUGGCCCGUGUGCGAACGAAGAAUACAGAUGAGAAUUCGAACACUGGUUCUAAUGCAUCGCAGUCUGAUGAGAGGAAUGCUACUAAUGAAAAGCAUCUGCUUCCUACAAAACGCAAUGGGAAUUCACAAAGGUGCAUUUUGCCUGGAAUUGGUUUACACUUGAACGCACUUGCAAACUUAAAAGAUUACAAAGGCAUGAAUAAUGAAAAAUUGUCUUCUGGAAGACAACUCAGUCUACCCAGCUCCACUUCUUCCUUGCAUCUCUCUAUAAGCCAAGAACAUCAGCAUCUAUCUUUGGUAUCUGUAUCAUCUGAAAGAGACUUGGUUCCAUCAGACAAUGGGGUUCAGCCUGCUGAAGAUUGUUCCCAGGGAUCAGCUUACAUGGCUGGUGAAGAUUUCAAUCAGAACAGCCCCAAAAAGAAAAGGCGUAAAUCAGAAACUGGGGGCUGCAAACAUUGUAAUUGCAAGAAAUCAAAAUGUUUGAAGCUUUAUUGUGAGUGCUUUGCUGCUGGUGUCUACUGCAUAGAACCUUGCAAUUGUCAGGAUUGCUUCAACAAACCCAUUAAUGAAGAUACUGUUGUUCAAACUCGCAAGCAGAUUGAAUCUCGUAACCCAAUUGCAUUUACUCCUAAAGUCAUUGAAACCGAGGAUGAACCAAAUAAAACUCCAGCUUCAGCACGACACAAAAGAGGAUGCAACUGCAAGAAAUCAAGCUGCCUAAAGAAAUAUUGUGAAUGUUAUCAGGGGGGUGUUGGUUGCUCCAUUAGCUGUAGAUGUGAAGGGUGCAAGAAUGCAUAUGGUAGAAAGGAUGGUUCUGCUCCUAUAGGAAUAGAAGCUGAGCCAGAAGAAACAGAAGCAUGUGACAAGGCUGUGGUGGAAAAAGCUUUACAGAAAACUGAAAUUCAGAAUAUUGAACAUCACCCACAUUCUGUUCUUGAGGCAACACCGUUACGGAUUUCCAGGCCCUUGCUUCUUUUGCCCUCUUCAUCAAAAGGAAAGCCACCAAGAUCUUUUGUUACAACCAUCUCUGGUUCUUCUGGAUUGUUUACCAAUCAAAAGCAUGGGAAAUCCAAUUCUGUUUGGUCUCCAUCUAAGCAUUUUCAAACUGUUCCAGAUGAUGAAAUGCCAGAUAUUCUCCGAGGUGAUAGCUCUCCUAUCACUUGCAUCAAAACUUCUUCUCCAAAUGGCAAGAGAAUCUCCUCUCCUAACUGUGACUUGGGAUCAUCUCCUAGUCGUAGAGGUGGCAGGAAGUUGAUAUUACAAUCCAUUCCUUCCUUUCCUUCUCUCACCCCUCAUCAUUAAAGUGGGGAUAUUUUUCCUUGCAAGUUAGGCCUCCCCCCUCCCCCCUUUAAUCAUGUCUUUAGUUUGUUGCAAUAGAUGCUUUGCUUAGGUUUAUGUAUAUUGAGCUUCGUUUUGC